GAGAGAGAGAGAGAGAGAGAGAGAGAGAGAGAGAGAGAGAGAGAGAGAGAGAGAGAGAGAGAGCUGCUGUCUGUCUGUGGGUAUCGUUAGAGCAGCUCCGGUGAUCCUCCAGCUCGUCUGUGUUUGUUUCCACGCAGCUCUCACGCAUUUCUCUCACCGCCGGCGUCCGCGUGCGUGUGAAGAUGCUCUAGUCCCGCCUGCGUCUGCAUCCGCCCCGUGACCUUUGACCCCUGAGCCCCGACACCGACCCGUGCCUGGCCGGCGCCCCACGCGCUCCAGAACCAUGUGAGGGCUCUCCGCUGCGUCUCUGAGUGGACUGGAGCACCGCCUGUAACCCCGCCCCAGUUUAUACAAGCCCCGCCCUCCCCGUAGCCCGCCCCCAUCGCUGAAGAAGCUCGCCAUGAUGUUCCGGGACCAAGUGGGGAUCCUGACGGACUGGUUCAAGGGCUGGAACGAGUGCGAGCAGACGGUGGCGCUGCUGUCGCUGCUGAAGCGCGUCUCUCGGACGCAGGCCCGCUUCCUGCACAUCUGUCUGGACCACUGGCUGUCCGACUGCACCGAGAUACACAUCCUGGAGGCAGAAGCCAACAACGCAGCCGUGGUCAGUCAGUGGCAGCAGGAACCCAAGGAGAAGGCCGUGUCUCUGCUGCUAUCCCAUCUGCCCCUGCUGCAGCCGCGCAACAGCGAAGCCAAGUGUGAGUACAUGAACCUGCUGCAGAAGGUGCUGAGCCACACCAUCGAGAGCAGCCUGUUCGUGGAGGAGAGCCGGCAGCUGCUGUCCUACGCCCUCAUCCACCCGGCCACCACCCUCGAUGACCGCAACUCCCUGGCCCUGUGGCUCAGUCACCUGGAGGAGCAUCUGUCCUCGCGGCCAGCUCCGCCCGGACCCUUCCAUCACGCCCGGCAGGGCUCCGACGAGUGGCCCUGCUCCGCCGAGGCCCUGGAGCCGGCCUACGGUCAGAACGGACACAUGGCCUUCCCUGGAUCGGGUGGAGUGACCUCUCCGGUCAUCAGCAGCGCAGGACUGACCGGUCAGGUGCAGCCGAGCUCAAUGAAGCCCUCCAUGUCCCUCACACCCGCCAAUCAAACGGCCUGCAGCUCUGAUUGGCUGAGCCAGGAGGAGGGGGGCGGGUGUCAGGGCGUGUCCGGAGCGGAACACGCCCCUCUGUCUCCUCAGAGCAGCGUCGCUUCAUCGGGCAGCGAACAGACGGAGGAGCAGAGCAACACCAGGAACACUUUCCAGGAGGACGGCAGCGGCAUGAGAGACGUGCCGGCCUGGCUGAAGAGUCUCCGUCUUCAUAAAUACGCGUCGCUCUUCUCUCAGAUGACGUAUGAAGAGAUGAUGAUUCUCACAGAGCAGCACCUGGAGUCACAGAACGUGACGAAAGGCGCUCGACACAAGAUCGCUCUGAGCAUACAGAAGCUCCGAGAGCGUCAGAGCGUCCUCAAGUCUCUUGAGAAGGACAUUCUGGAAGGCGGGAACGUUCGGAAUGCUUUACAAGAGCUUCAGCAGAUCAUCAUCACGCCAAUCAAGGUUUAUGCCCCGCCCACUGCUGCCCAGAAGGAGGUGGAGCCUGGAGUGACACCUGCCGAGAAAGCAGCCAAUCCCGGUGAAGAUAAAGAGAGCGAGGGCUUUCAGACCCACAAUCCUCCAGCGUGUGACGGAGAAUCACCGUCUGCACCCAUCAGUGACGGAGACAUCGCCGGACAGUUCACACGCGUGAUGGGGAAAGUUUGUACACAGUUGCUGGUGUCUCGACCGGACGAGGAGAACAUCAGCUGUUACCUGCAGCUCAUAGAGAAGUGUGUGACACACGAGGCGUUCACAGAGACGCAGAAGAAGCGGCUGUUGUCAUGGAAACAGCAGGUUCUGAAGCUGCUCCGCCUCUUCCCACGGAAGGCUGUGAUGGACAGCGGUGUUUACCGGAGAGGGUGGCAGCAGUACGGAUCCAACUCUCUGCCCACAGCUGGAUCUGUGAGUGCAGGACUGGGCAGACGGGGCCAGAGGCCCUUCCAGAUGCCCCAGCGAGGAGCUCCUCCGGCCGGACGCAUGGGUCUGAUGAGCAGCGGUCUGACCGGAGCAUCCCCGCGACACACACUCGCCAACCCCGCCGCUGUCAGCGCACAGGGACGACAGAAUCUGUGGUUCGGGAAUCCUGGAGGCAGUAACAGCAUGCCGAGUCAGAGCCGAAGUUCGGUUCAGAGAACUCAUUCACUUCCGGUUCACACUUCUCCUCAGACCAUGCUCCUGUUCCAGCAACAAGAAUGCCAAGUUCCAGGGACUGAUCUGGAGAUCAACCCCACGCUGGAGUCUCUGUGCCUCAGCAUGACAGAGCACGCCUUAGGAGACGGCAUGGACAGAACGUCGACCAUCUGAGCCUGGAGCCGGUGGAGGACCUGAAAGAAGCCUGCGCUCCAGUAGCCCAGCACACACACGCAAACAACAGUCACUACAGACACACACCACUAACUGUGUAUACCUUCUCUAAUAUUUUUCUACUUUAUUGUACUUAACUAAGUUUAUUAUAAAGGAAAUACAGAAAGUAUAUAUGGCGGAAGGCAGAGCAGGACGAGUGUGUUUAGCUGAGGAACGAUGGUGCUUUGGUCUGAGCGAGACCUUCUUCUGCUGAGCCGUUUACAUCACUUCCUGUGUCCAUCCGCCUGCAUGACCUCUCACCCCACCACGGACUUCCUCCUGUGCUUUUCUGUGUUCGGACGCCAGGUUUAUCUGUUAUAUGAUGCGUUCUCAUUUCUGUCCAGGUACAUGAGGUUUCUUAGCACUUAUACGUGAGAUGUUUACCACAGCCGCAGUGAGUUUGUAAAUACGCAGGUAUAGGAAAAGCAGAAUAUGACCCCAGAGACUUUAUCCAAAUGAUUUUUAUACGCAGAUCUAUGAAGUAAAGACGCGAGAUCGAGCUGUGCUCGUCUGUUGCUCCGCCCCUCCGUGACUGACAGGGAUGUCCGCCAAUGACAGACUCCGCCUCCUACCACCAAUCAGAUUCCACUUCCUCCUCAUCCUCUUUUGAUUUGCUCCCGGCUUCACGGAUUCGAGCGGUGCUUUUCAUUUGUGCUGUGUUUUCUGUUGGAAUGGUACAGUUUGUGAAACCCCAUUCUGCCUUACGGAGCAUCAGAGUGCUGUGUGUGUGUGUGUGUGUGUGUGUGUGUGUGUGUGUGUGUGUCUCAGACGCUGCUCUAUGUCUACUAAAACUCUAUUGACUGAAAAACAGGCUUGUUUGCUUUAUUUGUGGAACGAUUCGGUCUGCGUGUUCGUACCGCUCCAGAAAACCCACUUCACUCGAAAACCACCAAAAGAAAAAGAAGCCUGUUUUCUGUGGAAACUCCUUUCUGCCGUGGCUUUAAAAAAAGCUCUUUAUCUCUUAAUUGUUGAUACAUGAACUCUAAAUAUAAACUCAUAAUAAAAUAAAAAUUUUUUUUUCUCAAUUGUGAGAUUUAUACUUUGAAGUUUUGACAUGAUUUGCAAUUCUGAGAGAAAAAAGUUGCAAUUUCCUUUUUUUUUUUUUUUUUUUUUUUUUUAUUUUGUAGUGAAGGAAAAAUGUGAGUUUUUAAGUUUGUAUCUCCCUGUAAGUUUAUAAUUAAAUUGCAAAAUGUAAAGUUAGAAAGUUAAAAAAAACUGAACUGUUAGAUAAAAAAAGUUAUUUAAAAGUAAUUAUCAAUAUUUUUUUCAUCUCUCAUUCGAUUUAUUUUUUUUUUCUUCAGAAUUGCAAAAUAUAUAAACUUAUGGUAAACAAAGUCUAAAAGUAAUCACUUAAUUUUUAUACAUCUUUAGAAACAAAAAAAUCAGGAUUAGAAGUUUGUGAAAUAUGCCAAAUUGUGAGAUUUUUUUUAAUCCUGUGGCAGAAACGGCUUCCGUGGUUUAUUCUCAUGACUCUUCAGCACAUUCCCGAUUAACUGAAACGCCAAAAACAGUGGACUUGAGUUCAGCAUGAGUGUGUGUGAUGGACUCUGACCAGAGCGGGCUGUGCUCCAGGUUCGAGAGCCGAGGGUUAGUUAGGGCAGAGUCGGCCUGGUGCUGCUUCACUCCAUGCUUCGUUAGCGAGGGUCAUCACGGGGUCAUCACGGGGUCAGGAACCCUUCAGGGGCGGGAAUCAUUCCAAAGAUGUGAUCUGUGUGUGUGUGUGUGUGUGUGUGUGUGUGUGUCCGUGUCUCUCCCGGCGAGACCUCCGACUGUGAACCUCGGUACAGGCCUCUGCAGCCAACUACUUCAGAUCCCACAGAUCAACGGCGCUUGGCAUGAGAUAUUAUUAUUAUUAUUAUUAUUAAUAUUAUUAUUAUUCCUGACAUCUGGAGUGAUGGGAUUUGUGUGUGUUGCUCUGUUUGGUUCAGUUCUUCUAAUAUCUUUGUCAUGCUUCUUACCUGAAUGGACAUCAGAAUGGUAAUAAAUUGUUCAUGUUUUGCAUUUA